AUGGAUGUCGACGAGAGCUUGCUGCUAACAGGACCAGUUCUUCUCCGGUAUAAGUUGAAGAAGCGCCAAAUCAGGAUGUUGAGGCGCUUUGCUCAGAUGAUGAGAUGGCCCAACCUAGCCGAUACCCUUGAUAAUAUGAAACAGAAGGAUUCGGAAUUGGCUCUGGAUGAGGUCAGCUCUGAUGCGUUUGCCUUCUUCAGCGGCCUUGUGUUGCCUGGUUACAAGAACAGCUACACAUAUUGGUCGGCCACUUCGAUUGUGGGUAAGGUUCUAGCACCUACGUGCCAUGCUGUUGCUGGUUGGAUCGGCCCUGCUCGCCCUACCAAAGAUCUUGACCCGACCCAGAUUGCAAGAAUUCGAAGCCGAAAACCAAUACAGCGGAUGAGUCCCCAGGAUGUCGAAUCGAUGGCAGAGCGCUCUGACCCGCUUGGCCCUGCUGCAGAUGCAUAUCCAGUAGAGGAUUACCAGCCAGUGCGCCCGAAAGGCGGUCCCGAAGAUGCUAUUGACACGGUACGGAUAGAGCUGUUAAGUCUCAAGCCAGCAGAUGGACCUGGGGACGCCCCUACUGCAGCAGGGCUUUCGCGACUGUUUGACGCAACAGUGCAGUUUGCCAUUGAUGGGGUGUCAUGGCCAUUGAAACUCAUGUACGAUGUCUCAUUCGUGGCCGCGUGGCCUUGCUCUGAUGGACCACAUCCGCUCUUCUUUGACUACGUCUACACGUCAAUCCGUGUAGAUUCUAUCGUUGGAGUGCGAGACUGGGGAGGUCUGUAUGGAGGACGGCAAUUGCAUAGUGUGCGAUCAAGCCCAGGACCAGAUAUGAUGCGAGGUCCCUACCGAGAUAUGUUCAGCCAGAGCUUCAAACACAGCCACGUACCAUUGAACGGAUUGAUGCAGACUGGUGCACUUGAGGAAGAAGAUGAGAAUGACGAUGAAAAAGUUCUCGUGGUGGAAGCGUUCGGAGUCCGCGAUAACGAGGUCUUGGCACGAGCAUGGUGUUCUCACUGGGGUCUCAGUGCCGUGGUGGCCGAUAUUCGGAGAACAUGUGUGGCAUGUGCCAUUCGUGAAGCGUACGCGGCAACGCUGACAGUGGUGAUCCUGGUAGAAGGCCAGGAGUACCCUAAUAAUGAGUGA